ACCUGCCCCCUCUGCGCAUGCGCUCUGCCCCUCGCCGCUGUACGGCGGAAGUGCAACCUCAGCGGGGGAACGUAUCGUACAGCGGACCUACCGGAAGUGCCCCCUCCGCCCGCCGGAAGUAGGUGUGGGGGCGGCGGUGGGCGCUACACCGGGGCGGUGGCGGCGAGAGCGGCCCCGGUCCGGUGCUUCCCCUCCCCCCCACCCCCCCCCCCCCACACCGCAGCGGGGCCUCGGCGGUGGCCGGGACCCCUAUUCCACCUUCCCCGGGGGACCGCUCCGCCCGGCUGGAACCAUGGCGGAGGCGGCGGAUAGCGGCAGCUGCGGCACUGCCACCGUCACUGAGACCGGGGCUGCUGAGCCGGAGAACCGCAGCCUGACCCUGAAGUUGCGCAAGCGGAAGCCGGACAAGAAGGUCGAGUGGUCGAGCGACACCGUGGACAACGAGCACCUGGGCCGACGCUCCUCCAAGUGCUGCUGCAUCUACGAGAAGCCACGAGCAUUCGGGGAGAGCUCGACGGAGAGCGAGGAUGAGGACGAGGAGCCAGUGGCGAGGGCAGGGGACGAAGGCUGCGGCCACCUCCACUGCGUCCGGGGACAUAAACGGGGGCGGGGGCGGCGGGCUGCGGGGGAGGCGCCGGGGGCAGGGGAGGGACCCCAGGCGCUGCCCCCCGGGCCCCCCGCCCCUAUGGAGCACUGAGGAACCCCCCGGAACCCCCCAGCCCAAACAUCUCCCCCCCAUCACCCCGGGGGCUGAUCGCCCCCAACUGUCAAUGCCUGAGCCCCCCCAAAUCGAUGCCUGACACCCCCCUGAACUCCUGAGGACACCCCAAACUGCUGAUGCCUGAUGUGCCCCCCCCAAUCAAUACCCCCCAAAUAUCACUGCCUGAGCCCCCCGAAAUCAAUACCCCCCCAAACACCCUCUCCUUCCCCAGCCCCACCCACCCCCCAAUGUUUGGGGGGGCCAUUUUGGGGGUGCCCCCCCCCAUGGCACCUGUGGCAUUAAAGGUGGCACCGCUGCGACC